GUCACUUGUGAAACUUCUCACAUUUUAUUUAACCUGCAAGUGACAACAACAAUUUUCGGUGGUAAAUUUAAUCUGAAAAUGCGAUUUAAACUAGUGAACGAUGCGCCCGAAUAAUUCUAUCACCUCAUCAACGAUGAAUUUCAAUGCUGAAUACAUGGAUUUCGAAAGGGAUCGCUACCCAUUUUGCAUAGUCUGGACCCCAAUUCCCCUUUUAACAUGGAUCUGUCCUAUAAUAGGGCAUAUGGGGAUAGCGAUGUCUUCAGGAAUAAUACGGGACUUUGCAGGACCAUAUGUGGUAUCAGAAGACAGCAUGGCGUUCGGUCGGCCCACCAAAUAUUGGAAAUUGAAUGCGAACGCUGCAAGAGGAGGUGCUGCAGGCUGGGAUUCGGCAGUAUCGGAAGCUUCGGACAUAUACAAGACCAGAAUGCAUAACUUAUGUUGCGACAAUUGCCAUUCGCAUGUGGCCACCGCUUUAAACUUGAUGCACUAUCAAAACUCCUAUAGCUGGAACAUGGUCAAACUGGCACUGCUCAUGGCGUGGCAUGCACAAUACGUGUCCCUCUUUGCAUAUUUAAAGACUUGGUUACCGUUUUUCCUCUUAAUUAUUUGUGUAGUUUUGUUAACCCUUUAUGCAUAGGAAACGAUAGUAUAUUACAGUGUGUACAA